AUGGCCAGUAAGGGCAAACAGUGGGUUCUCCUGGCAGCAGGUUCAAAUGGUUGGGAAGACUAUGCUGUACAGGCCAACGUGUGUCACGCUUACCAGAUCACGCACCAGAAUGGUGUUCCAGACGAGCAGAUUGUGGUGAUGAUGUAUGAUGAUGUCGCUUAUGAUCAACAAAAUCCCUUUCCUGGAAACAUCAUCAAUGUACCAAAUGGCCCAAAUGUUUACCCUGGGGUUCUAAAGGACUACACUGGAACAGAUGUAUCAGCUGAAAACUUUCUGGCUGUACUCCAUGGAGAUUCAACUGCUGUCAAGAAAACAGGACCAAUAAAAGUUAUACAAAGUGGUGAAAAUGAUACCAUCUUCAUCUACUUAUCAGACCAUGGAAAUAAAGGAUUUUUUCACUUUCCUAACUCCACACUUUAUGCCCAUGACCUCAUUCAGACAGUGAAGGCGAUGUCACAGAGUCACAAAUUUUCAAAGAUGAUCAUUUAUUUGGAAGCAUGUUGUUCUGGAUCAAUGCUGGAUCAUCUGUCUGAGAGCAACGUGUAUGCAGUUUCUUCAUGCAAGCCUGAUGAAUAUACCUAUGCUUGUUUCUUCAACAAGGAAAGAAAUACCUUUCUUUCUGAUAUGUUCACCUUUAACUGGCUACAGCACAUGGAGACGGUAAAACUUACCAUGACUUCAUUUGGAGAGCAGUUUUCCUACCUGGAGAAACAUGUGAGUAAGGAUGCGAGGAAGGCAGGAGUGACUGAGACACCAUGUCACUAUGGGGACAAGCGCAUGCUGAAGUUAAUGUUGAGUGAAUUUCUUGGAGAAUCCUCCAAGUCUGUCAGUGAGGCCUACACAUCCCAAUCACUGAACGUUCAAGUAUCCGAUGUGGUCGACACUGCAGAAGUUCCACUAAUAAUCCAAGAAAACAGGAUUAACAAUGAACAGGAUCCAGAAAAAAGACAAGCCCUGGAAAGGCAAUAUGAGGAUCUUAAAAGAAAGAGGAAGACAGUGGAUGAAGCCCUGCAGAAGAUUACUGAGUGCGUAAACACUUCACAAGCUCUGACUGAAAAAUGUGAGGUGACUCGCACGUACGAACUCAAAGUCGUGGCUGAGCAUUUUAGAAAAACUAUCUUCAACUGGGAAGAAGAGCCGUUUGUUGUCACUCAUUCACACCUGCAGGUUUUAGUGAAUCUGUGUGAGUGUGGUUUGGAGGUUGAGAGCAUCACCGAAGCCAUCACUCAUGUUAGCCGGGAGAUAACAUUCUGA